AUGUCAUCGGACGCAAAAGACAUUCUUGGAGGGCUUGUUGUGCCUUCCUCGCAACCGAAAGAACCAAAAAGGACGAAGAAGAGAAAACGCCCAGAUGGAAUGUCAAACGAAGUAUUUGGCCUGUUAGGAUUUUCUGACAACGAUCCAGUCACACUUAUUCCAACAAACGCAGCAAACGGGGGCUACAAAGAACGCCCCAAACUUUGGCGAAAGCAAUGUCGUGAAUGGGUACUCAAAGACUGCUCUGUUCCAGGGCGAAAAGACGGAUUCACGAUUAAAACUUGGGUGCCAAAGAACUCAGAUGUCUCAAAGACUUUGCCAGACUUCAAUCUUAAUAAAAUCACCAUUCCUCGAAAUAAUAAGAUAUCACACUGCGAAGGAACAUGGACAAAAGAUGAGACAGAGUACAUGCUCGAUCUAUGUGAAAUGUUCGAUUGUCGGUUUAUUAUCGUUGCUGAUCGCUACGACUGGAAAGUCGAUGGCAAGAAUGUUGAGCGCUCCGUCGAAGACAUAAAAGAGAGAUAUUACAAAGUCACUGAUCAUACUAUCACGCUCAGUGAUGAUAUAAAGCGAACUUAUGUCUACGAUGCUGAGCAUGAGCGACGUCGAAAAGAGCAGCUAGAUAUCAUCUACCGUCGCUCAAGAGAAGAAAUUGAAGAGCAAGAUCGUCUCAUUGAAGAGCGCAAACGCAUCGAGCAUAAACGCAAGCUCAAAGAGAAAAAAGAGGCUGACAAGAAGUCAAAAAAAGCUGCGGCACUUGCGAAAACGCCGUUAGGAAUCAAAUCCAAUUCUGGCCGUGCAUCACCUCAAAUGAUCGAUGAAAGCGAAAUUGGUUUGAGAGCUCCCGACUUUGGCAUUAAAUUCCCAGAACUAAAACCUGGCAUUUCUCUGCGAAGUAAAAUCAUGAUUCUCCCGGCGAGUAAUCGCAAGAAACGGACAGACAUCAUUGAGACUGCAAUCAAAGGCUUUGGACUUCCAACACAUCCGAUUCCAACCGAAGAAGUCACGACUAAAUUUAACAUGUUGCGAUCUGAUAUUUUGAAACUGCACGAUGUCAGACAAGCAUUCCAGCAUACUGAGUGCGAGCUUGUUGCACUUAUCAAGAAAUUUACCGAAACCUGUCCAGGCUCUCCGCUUCCUAAAGGAGUUGAAUCAAUAGAAACACUAAAACGAUCACUCAGCAGCCCGACAAAUCCUACACCUAGCAAAAAGCAUAAAUCCUGA